CGACACGAUGGGACUAUAAGCAGUUCUGGUUCCGGAUCGAGAAUAACGCAGUACAGGGCUGUUCUAUACAUGGGAGGAAACAGGAACGGGCCUACUCUAUAGAGGCAAAAUUAAGCCCAUUCCUCAAACGAACUUUGGUCUUUACUCUUGGCUACCUCAAGGAGAAAAAUAGCCCCGAAAUGGCGCUUUCUCUCAAGCUCAAGUCUGUGGUCGAAAGAGCUAAAAGUCCUAUUUUCAGUUUAUUUGAUAGUUUCUUCGACGAAAGGACCGUCAAUGUGCCCAAGGGCCAAACUUCUGCAUGUCGACAACGCGAAAUAGGCCUAUUAGAAGAGGAUGGACUAGGGGGACGUGUAUUGACAUGGGUCAAUCGAAUCUGGAGAGGCUUCCGGUAGCGACAUAGAUGAGAACGGGUGCACCUUGCUUACGCGAUAAGAUUUAUGAUGCCGUUUUCUCAAUCUAGAUGUAUAGUAAGCCUAUUAUCUCGACUGGUUCAAAUCGCUCACACCUUCAAUGUCGAUCCAAUGACAGCACCAAAUUAUCGCGGGAACUCUUUUAAAAUGAUCUUACACGAAAACACCCCGACAGUGCCGAAUAUAUAUUGGGACUCAGUACUAACUCAUUAUGCCAAUAUAUCAUUCCAUGUCUACUUUGAAGGGUUUCCACGUAUGCUACCCGACAUGACCACCUCCAGUUUCCUUUUAAAACAAGAUCUACUACUAGGGACACCAGAACUUGCAGAAGAACUAGGGUAUUCAGACUUAUGCGCAGUUAUCAUUCGACGUUCCUUGCCCGAUUUACAAAGAUUUGACCUUUCCAACCAAAUGAAAUUGGAAAAAUUCGAACAUGGAGGCCUUGGACCAAUGGAACUCGCUUUGGGGUGGUCUGAGGGGUUACGCUUGCUAGUCAAGAAGGGGUUCAACAUACGAAAAGCUUUCGAGCUUGCGUGCGAAAUCAGUGAUGAAAAAUCAGUUUCUAUCCUUCUAUCUACCGAUGACCCGAUAUUCUCUUGUGGUUAUUCAGGCUGUCCUUAUUGGACGUUUGCCAAGGCUACCUUACAUUCCAACGAAUCGAUAUUUCGAAUGGUCGCCGAGGAACUACGCAGGCGGCAGGAACUCGCAUUAUACCAUUUGAAAAGAGAAGAACCAGAAAAUAUUAGAGCAUUCAAAUGUUGGCCUUCAGAAGAGAAUGGAAAACUGCUUUACCAUUCUUUGGAGAAGAGGAUUGCAAUUCCUCAUAAACUAGAUUGUUUGAUGGGUGGUUCACCCCACUGCUCUGAAGCGAUGCGUUGUACAGAUGUACUUCCUUACCAUCGAAUACUCUACAAAACUGGUUUCACGAAUCUGAACGUACCUUGUAGGCACGGAAUGACCCCCCUUGCCGGAUACUGCGAUAACUAUACCGGGUUUUCACUUGUCGAUGAAGCGGAGGCGAACUGGGACGAUAUAGUUCUCUGGUUUCUAGGGAAAGGCGCUUCCUUCAACUUUCAGCUACAGAGUGGUUCAGGACCACGAUGGCCACAUCUGCUGUUCUACUUAGUACAGGAAGUAGAAACUGGCAAGGUUAGCAAAAAAGUAAUAGACGCUUGUACUUAUGAAUUCGUCACGGAUCAGUGUCGAUGUUUUUGUUCUUUACGGGGUUGCAUUCCCCCUCUCAUUUUUUGGGAUUACCCACAUAGAAUAUAUAGAUAUUCCCAACAGCGCCUCCACCCAACCCGGUUCUAUGAUCGCAUCGACCAUUUGCGACGGUGGGCAAAGGUAUGGAGACUCUCUAGGAUUCAGAAAGAAGACUGCUAUCGGGACGUCUGCCGGCGAGAGCUGUUUGGGCGUCUUGGUAUGAGACAUACGUGUUGUGCGGCGCGUUACCAUAUUCCUAUGGAAGAGAUGGAGCAAUUUUGGUCAGAAGAUCAGCCCUCAUACCAACAGCUCAGAUUCUUUCUGAGACUAUACAGAAACACUAGGAAAAUCCUCUUUCGUUACCCCAUCGAGGAAUUUUGGGUAGUGUGGUGGGAGGGCGUUGACAAUAUUCUGCCACGACUGCCAGAAGAGAUCGAUGGUUGGAAAUAUGAGGAACACACUUACCGGGAAGCGCUAGAACGAAGGGAAGAACAAUGGGCUGCCAAACUUGAAUCUCUCGGUUAUGGCGGUCUGGAUUUUAGUGAGGUGAUCAGACAUCAUUCCAUCAAGUUUUUGGCACUAUGCAAAGUGUUACUUGAGAGAAGGACAUACCGGAAGUUUCAUCGCCUAGUAGCAAGCUCAAGGUCUACUGUUCUGAAGCGGAGGCGGCACGCAUAAUUACCUCUUUUCUUCGAUCACUAGUUUGAACGAAUCUUAUCAUCUCGGUUUUAUCGAUGCCCGACUAGAAACAUUAUUUCAUAUAGGGGUAUGCGGUUUAGCCACUAUUCAUACUAUGACGCUGUUCUAUAUACUGAUGAUUUCUUCAUCUCUUAGACCAACUUUCGGCUUUGGUCUGAUAAAUUU